UUGGGGUUUCCUUUUUUUUUUUUAUCUGUUACUGAAUUUGCAGUUCAAGUCCCCAAGGACAACAAAUGUCCACUACUCGCUAUCGACUGUUGUACCGACUGGAGCACACUGUCCAGCGGCUUGGACUGCAAGCAGCUUCUAGAGGCAGUUAAAGAAAAGUUUUCUGGCAAUGGUAUGCGAUUCGAACUGUCCAAUGAUCCUGGAAGGUAUCUGUGCGCAUAUUCCUACUACAUAUCGUUGCGACAUAACAGGCAUCGCUCACUGUUCGUACACGUUCCCGAAUUUGAUGAAUAUUGUACGAAGGAAUUUAUCGCCAACAUCAUCAAGCAGAUCAUCCACAAAUCCAUGCUACAGGUCCUCGCACUCCGUGAAAAGCGAUCCACAAAUUCCGAUGAUAAGGAGCAACAACAGCAGCCUAAGCAAGCAGCUUCUGGGCAGUGA